UCGAAGGUGCACGUUAGGCGAAGAUUAGAAAAAGGGCAUGCGCUCCCGAGUUCUGAAAAGAGACCAAUAGAAAACACAGGAAAAUAGAAAGACGUUAAUCUAAAGCUUCAGUACUGAUAGCAGAUUGAAGCCAACGAUUUCUAUCGCCGAGCCAGAAUUCUCUCUCCGAGAACAUCGAAGUAUCGGAGCUCGUGAAAUGGCGUUUGAGUCUCGGAAUCCUCAAUUUUGGCGUCUUAUUUCGGCGGUAUCGCGAGAGUUCAAUCCCCAUUCGGUGGCAGAUGAGAAUGGCUUUUGCUAGUAGCGUUUGUUUGGUACUCGAAGUCUUGAGAUCGUCUUCGGAGCGAUCUGGCCGUUGGUUUGGUUGAAUCUUGCAGAUCUGGAAUCUUCGAGCGAAUUUUUGUCGGUGAUGUCGGCGUCCGCUAGUUUUUUGGCGGUUUCAAGCGGCGCUGGUGCAAUAAUGAAGGCCCAAUGGAUAGUGCUAAAGCAGGUGAUCAUAUUAUGCUACAUCUUAUAUGCCACUGAUGCGGAUUUAAGCGCUCCAACAGGAGCACCUUUACCUAUGCCUCCUAUUCAUGAUCUGCCCCUGCCAGCCAAUCUGCCUUCAUUCCAUAAGCCACGUUGGAACCAUUUUUCACCUCAUGGUGCUCCUAAGCUUGUUCUAGCACCAUCUCAGCCUCCUAAUUAUGGCCCGCUGAUAACCUCUACUCACCCCCCUUCAAGGUCACAAUUGUCAAAACCAUCAAUGAAGAAGAAUGGUUUAGUGCCUCCCAGUAGUGGCUUUGCACCUCCUCGUUUAGCAGAUAUUGCCCCGACGCAGUAUAAUGCUGGUACAAUUCCUACUGGUUUAGCUCAGCCACCGCUAUCUCCUUAUGCCUCCAACUGUUGUGGCCCAGACAUGGUGUUGAAACGAGGGAGCCAAGAUUGCCAUUGUGCAUACCCAGUAAAGGUCGAUCUUCUUCUGUUGAAUGUGUCAGCAAAUGCAAAUUGGAAUCUUUUCCUAGAACAAUUUGCUUCUCAACUUAGUCUGCGGGUUUCUCAGAUUGAGUUGAUCAACUUUUAUAUGCUUAGCUUAUCAAGGCUUAAUAUUUCAAUGGAUAUUACUCCAUAUAAAGGAAUCAGUUUCUCUGCGGCUGAAGCAUCUGCAAUAAACUCUUCGCUUUCUAUGCAUAAAGUUCAUCUAGACCCUACUUUAGUGGGUGAUUACAAACUUCUCAACAUAACCUGGUUUAAGCCCCUUGUUCCAUCUCAAGCUCCUGUAGCUGCUUCACCUCCAGCUAUAGCACAUCAUCACCUGCCCUCACCUCCUAUAUCAGUUGCCACUUCAAACAAAGGGCGACAUUCAAAUCUGAUUCUCAUUGUUGGAAUUAGUGCUGGUGUUGUGAUAAUUGCCAUCUUUGCUGUCCUUAUAAUAUGUUCACGUUCCUCUCAUCGAGGGAAGGCAAAAGCUUCUAUCAAAGAGACUGCAAAGAAAAGAACUGUUGAUGCAGUUCCAGUUGCAGGAUCUCUUCGCCACCCAACCAGUACAAGGUUUCUAGCUUAUGAAGAACUUAAAGAAGCAACAAACAAUUUUGAACCUGCUAGUAUACUCGGAGAAGGUGGAUUUGGCCGAGUUUUCAAAGGUGUUUUAAGUGAUGGUACAGCUGUAGCUAUAAAGAGGCUUACUAGUGGUGGGCAGCAAGGGGAUAAGGAGUUCCUAGUUGAGGUUGAGAUGCUCAGUCGGUUGCAUCAUCGUAAUCUUGUGAAACUUGUGGGUUAUUGUAGUAGUCAUGACUCCUCGCAGAACCUCCUGUGUUAUGAGCUUGUUCCAAAUGGAAGUCUGGAGGCUUGGCUUCAUGGUCCACUGGGAGUAAAUUGUCCUCUGGAUUGGGAUACCAGAAUGAAGAUUGCUCUUGAUGCUGCUAGAGGACUUGCAUACCUGCAUGAGGACUCACAACCUUGUGUCAUCCACCGAGAUUUCAAAGCAUCCAAUAUAUUGCUUGAGAACAACUUCCAUGCUAAAGUUGCUGAUUUUGGCCUUGCUAAACAAGCUCCUGAAGGAAGGAUAAAUUACGUUUCUACCCGUGUUAUGGGCACAUUUGGGUAUGUAGCCCCCGAAUAUGCUAUGACUGGACAUCUGCUAGUAAAAAGUGAUGUCUACAGCUAUGGGGUUGUUCUACUUGAGUUGCUGACUGGAAGGAAACCCGUUGAUAUGUCCCAACCAUCAGGACAGGAGAACCUUGUUACUUGGGCUAGACCAAUUCUUAGAGAUAAGGACCGACUGGAAGAAUUAGCUGAUCCAAGGUUCGGGGGGAAGUACCCAAAGGAAGAUUUUUUAAGGGUUUGCACAAUAGCUGCAGCUUGUGUUGCUUCUGAGGCCAGCCAGAGGCCCACGAUGGGAGAAGUGGUGCAGUCACUUAAAAUGGUGCAGCGUGUGAUCGAGUAUCAGGAUCCGAUGUUGGCUUCCUCCAACGCCCGUCCAAACCUCAGACAGUCAUCUACUACCUUUGAGUCUGACGGGACAUCCUCAAUCUUCUCAUCCGGUCCGUACUCCGGUUUAAGUGCCUUCGAGAAUGAUAACAUCUCUCGGACUGUUGUAUUCUCUGAAGAUCUACACGAAGGAAGAUGAGGAUUUUUAACCAUUUCAUUAGAAGCCAGAUCCAAAGUUUUUGACCAUAUGACAAUACAAGGCUGCAAAGGCAUUUUGCUGUGUAAACUUAGGGGAUUCCGGACUUAGAAUUUCGUGGAAAUGGCAAAGGCUUUCAUGGUUGAUAGUUUGUACAUAUAUGCGUCUAUUGCGUUGCCUUCCCAUGUGGGUUUUCUUUUGUGUGGUCGCUUAAUGGGAUGUUUCGGAGUGUUGUGUUCCUUAGGGUUUCAUUGCCUGCGCUCUUUCUUGUUCUGUAAAAAUCGGAGAAAGGAAAUGGGAACAAAAUUGAAUUGCUUUUA